CCGGUCAAGGGUUUGGUUGAAUUCGCAGUUGAUCACUUCGAACUGAUUUUCCUGUUUGUGUGUGAGUUAUGUGUUGUGCGUGUCUAAUGUCAAAGAGGCAGAGAUCGAAGGAAUGAAGAUGUAGCUAGCUACUGUAACCAUCACCUGAAGAUGACGUAAACCCCGUGUAGUUGUACACACGUGAGGGUUACUAGGUGGAAUCUGCCCUGCACCUUUGCAGUCGUAGUUGUACACGUGUGUUACCUCGAUUGACUUUACUGUAGUAUUGUUGAUGUUAUUGUGUGGUCAAGGUGGUGCUAGGACUACAUACAGAGGCCCAGUUUCCCGAUAUUGGCGCAAAUCCGCCUCUGUUUCUUCAGUUGAGCACCCGAGUGCAUCACUACAGAGACCUGGAUGGAUGGUUAUGGGGAAAAGUGGAUUUUACUAUUCGGGGGCUGAUUGCCUCAUCCACGCAUCAUCAAUUUGUCUACUGUCGCUCUCGGUGCUCCUUGCUUUGUCAUCCUGGGCAGAAAUAGGGGAUUGCCAAGCACAACACUCUCAGUGCCACAUUCAGAAGUGCACCACAAAUUUUGUCUCCCUCACUUCCCACCUGAACCCUUCCCUGUAUGGCUUUGAAACGGAGUUCUGCACAGCGCUGCGGACCUACUCUGCUUGUACCCGGCACACCUCCAAGAGCUGCCGUGGUAACCUGGUGUUCCACUCGGCCAUGCUGGGAAUCAGCGACCUCAUGACCCAGCGGAACUGCUCCAAGGACGGCCCGACCUCCCCCACCCAACUGCAGGCCCCCGCCGGGCCCUGUGACUACCAUGGCCGGCAGCAAGGCCUGGGGGCAAGUGAGAACUCUCACCUCAGCAACCUCUUCUGUGGCCUCUUUGGGGAUCCUCACCUUAGGACAUUUAAGGAUGACUUUCAGACCUGUAAGGUUGAGGGUGCGUGGCCCCUCAUUGACAACAACUAUCUGUCAGUGCAGGUAACAAACAUUCCUCUUGUCCCAGGUUCCCAUGCCACAGCGACCAUUAAGGUCACGGUGAUAUUCAAAGCGCAGCAGGACUGCACAGAGCAGAAGGUGUACCAGGCCGUGGCAGGCGACCUGCCCGCGGCGUUUACGGACGGCACGGUGAGCGGGGGCGGCAGCGGCGGCCGCAGCCUCUGGAUCGUGGAGGAGGCAGCGGGGCGGCACGUGGAGAUCCAGGCCGGUUACAUCGGGACCACGGUGAUUGUGCGUCAGCUGGGGCACUACCUGACGCUGGCAGCACGCGUCCCCCGGGACGUGGCCAUGGCCUUCGAUGACAGCCAGGACCUGCAGCUCUGCGUGAACGGCUGCCCCCAGGCUGAACGCAUCGACCGGGAUGGGCACCUCCCCCUGCCGGACCUGGGGCCACGCUGGGCCGGCCCCCAGCACCAGUAUCGGCAGCUGCACCCCAGGGCCAGCCAGGGCCUCGUGGCUGCCCUGCAUCACGACUUCACCCUGGAGGCAGCCGUGGGGGCAUGCCAGGCACGGCUGGAGGUCAAGGACAUCUAUUUCCACUCCUGCGUGUUUGACCUCCUCACCACCGGGGACAGCAACUUCACGUCUGCUGCCUAUAACGCCUUAAAGGACAUGGAGACACUCCACCCUAUGAGGGAACGCUGGCGGAUUUUCCCCAGGUCUUACUCCCCAGUGCCUAGCCAUCUCCACCACAGACUCUUACUUCUCUGCUGUCUCUUUCCUGUGUUUUUGUUGGACUUUUUAAAGUGAACUUUAUGACAAAUUAUCUUGUAGCAUUGUAUAUUGGAAAAAAAGAAUGUUUACCCUUAGUGAUGACUUUAUUAGUUACACAUUACAUUACAUUAUUGGCAUUUGGCAGACGCUCUUAUCCAGAGCGACGUACAGUUGAUUAGACUAAGCAGGAGACAAUCCUCCCCUGGAGCAAUGCAGGGUUAAGGGCCUUGAGAAGGUGCAUGAUCUGUGACAUGGUGCAUUUUCCUGCUGGAAGUAUCUAUUUAAAAUCCAUUCAACAAUGCUUAGGUAUGCUUUGGCAUUCAAAUGAUGGUCACAUGGUAUUAAGGGGCCCAGUGUGUGUCAAGAAAACCUUGCUCACACCAUUACACCACCACCAGCAGUCUGCACCAUUGGCACAAGGUUUCCGCCAAAUUUUAUCUCUAGCAUCUGCAUGUCACAGCAGAAAUGGAUAUUCAUUAGAGGAGCUUUUUCCAAUCUUUAAUUGUUACAUUUUGUUGAUUGUGUGUUCACUGUACCCUCUUCUUCCUGUUCUUAGCUGACAGGAGAGAAACCCUGUGUGGUUUGCUGCUGUUGCCCAUCUGCUUCGAGGUGUAAUGCACUUUUUGUUCAGAGACACCCUUCUGCACAGAUGUUUUUAUUUGUGAGCGUGUGGCCUUUCGGUUAGUUUGAACGAGUCUGUCCAUUCCUCUGACCACUUCUGUUAACAAGGUGCAUUUCAGCAAUGGAUGCGCCAUUCUCUGUAAACUCUAGAGACUGUCUUGUGUGAAAGACAGCAGCUGUUUCUGAGAUGCUGGAACUGCCUUGUUUGGCACCAACGAUCAUUCCACAGGCAAAGUCACUUAGAUCAGGCACCUUGUCCAUUCUAGUGUUUAGUCAAACCACAACCAAACCUAGGGGGCACGGAUGGGUAGCACUGCCGCCUCACAGCAAGGAGGUCCUGGGUUGAAUCCCCGUCGGCCGGGGCCUCUCUGUGCGGAGUUUGCAUGUUCUCCCUGUGUUUGCAUGGGUUUCCUCUGGGUACUCCGGUUUCCUCCCACAGUCCAAAGACAUGCAGGUUAGGCUGACUGGAGAGUCUAAAUUGCCUGUGGGUAUGAGUGUGUGAGUGAAUGGUGUGUGUGCCCUGCGAUGGACUGGUGACCUG